AUGGUAUCAACGAAAGUACUACUCGCGAAUGGCUUAAUCGCCCUGUCGCCGACUUUCGUCUUGGCACAGUCGGCAUGUCCACGAGGACAGUGGGCGUAUGCUGCCUCUGUCUUUGCCGAUUAUUCACCCGCGCUCUCGUAUUGUUCUUCAAAUUACCCGGUCUCGCCAGAGACGUAUACAGCCACAUUUGAGAGCCCGGUCACGGCCACUGUCGAAACUUCCACGGCAACUUCUACUGUCGCCACUGUCACGAUCACCGCUGACACAACUACAAUCACAGUGACGGUGUUGACAGUGACGGAUACCAUCACUGCUACAGAUACCUUUACGACCACAACGACAGAGACGGGCAGUGUGACGUCCACUACAACGGUUCGUCACACCAGGCGGAAGCGCGCACUGCACGCCGAUCGCGCCUGGGACACCUGGUCAGCAGCAGCAGCCACCACACCAAAACCCAGUGACGUCCAAACAACAACUAGCUCUUCGACAGGCUCGCCUGACCCCACAGCUUCUGCUUGGAGCGCUUUGCUAUCGCAAGCCAGCUCUAUAAUCGAGGCCGUCUGCGCUUGCAUCGAAACCCCAUCGACCACGACGACCACAGUCACAACAGGCGCUACGACGAGUGUGACCGCUGUGACGACAGUUAGCGUGACCGAAACCGAGACCACGUAUGCUUUCUCAACCACGUUUAUUGACUUUCCUCUGACUUUUGGCAGUACUACGACUCCAGCUGUGAUCAGCCAAGCGACAGCCACCACGACUAGUACCUCGACAAGCACAUCUACAGUGACGGACACGACCACCACUACAACUACAGUGCUUUCAACGGAGACUGCUGCUCCCUUGCCCGCCUGCAACAGUCCAGACGGGAACGCCCCAGGAGUGGGUGGCUGUACCGGGUCCUGCUUCUGCGACAGCGAUGCGGAUGGCGUCAACGCUUACUGCACUCUGAAUUUCUUUUGCGAGUCCUCGUGUACUACAGAUGCCGACUGCGCUCUCGACAGUUUCUGUAGCGCAAGGGCUGAUGCCAUUGCGAACUGUGGAGGGCCAAUCUGUGAAAGUACUUCAGGAUGUGGCUCGACCCUCACCAAGAGAAGCCUCUUCGGACUUGGUGGAGAAGACAGAGCUGGGCGCAUCAUGGCGCGUGUGACAGAGGCACGGAGUAGCAUGACUACACCGUUGAAGCAACAUGUCAGAGCCACAAAUGUCUAUAGCAAAGAAGUACAAGGUCGCGGAACCGGCAUUUUUGCGGCACAUGAUAUCGCACCGAAAUCCGAGGUCAUGUUCGUCGCUCGGCCGUUGAUGGUGGCGCUGGAGACUCGACAUUUGCAGAGUCGUUGCUAUUAUUGCUACAGCUCUCCCGGGGAUCCUAGCCAAUCUCCCAGAAAUCCUGGGGUUCAGGCGUUGAAGACGUGCAGUGGUUGCAAGGUGGUCAAAUUCUGUGAUCAGAAAUGCCAGACUCGGGCUUGGUCAGAGUAUCAUCGUCUAGAGUGUAAGCUCUACGGCAGACUACACCCUCGGAUCCUCCCCAGCACGGCCAGAGCCCUCAUUCGACUCCUGAAGCAGCACAAGGCACACCUCCUCCCCCACGGUGAAUGGGAUCAGCUCCUGGCGCUGGAGACCCAUCGUGAGGACCUCAUCAAGGCUGAGGACCAGCGGUUCCAAGACAGCUUCAUCAUGAUGAAGGGCGUCAAAUCCUAUUGUGGCACCGACCACGACGAGGAGACGAUAUUUCGAAUUGCUUGUGUGCUGCUCAUUAACUCUUUCACUCUCACCACUCCGACAUUCGACUCUGUGGGAUUGAUCCUCCAUCCCAAGCCGGCUCUUCUAAACCACUCUUGUGACCCAAAUGCGUUUGUGAGAUUUGAUAUUCCCCCAGAGACCAGUCAUGAAGACUUUCCAUCUUACGGGAGCAUAUCUGUUCGUGCCUUGAGGCCGAUCGCCAGAGACGAGGAAGUGACGCUUUCAUACAUUGACACAACAUUCCCGUUCGAGAAACGACAAGAGGAAUUACGCACUCGGUAUUUCUUCACCUGCAGUUGUAGCUUGUGCUCUCAGGGUCGGGAUUGUCCUAGAGACAGAUUCCACCUGGAUAUACCUGUUGGGGCAACGGAUACAACGCAGCCGGCGAUGAAUGCCAUUAUUACCGAAGUUGGUGACGAGGCAGAGCAGUUUCUCACGGGCUUACAAUCCCAAUCAGGGGAGGAGCACACCCAGAUCGACAGCAUCAGACACAUCAUGCGUCGCCUGGCACGGACCAGGAGCUGGCCACUGCAUCGAUACCCUUGGCCCCAGUUGCGCCAGCAGCUACUCCUCGGGCUGAUCGCUUCGCAAAAGUAUUCCGAGGCCCUGCUCCACUCGGCAGUCCUCGCCAGACUGAUCCAUCCUGUCAUGUUCGAACAAGAACAUCACCCCAUUCGAGUGGUGCAGCUGUGGCAAUUCUGGAACCUGUGCCGCCAAUGUCUGGAGUCUCUCAUGCUGCGCGAGCGGUCGCCGGACGCCGUUCAGUAUGAACCGCGGAGGCUUGGACUGUUGAGCUGCGCGCUGAUCGACGACAUUUAUAGAAUCAUGAACGACGGGAUUAGGUCGGACGGAAAACUGGAAAUUCUAGUCGACGCCGCGCUUCAGAAUGUUAAGGGAGAAGGUGGGUUUUGGGGCGAAUACCAGCAAAAGAAGACGGAGACACGCCAAAAGACCCUUUUAUGGGUUGACGAGCAAGUCAAAGCGUUGUUACAGUCGGAAGAUGUCACUCAAGAUAUUAUUGAGCUGGCUUUUACGAGUUCAAGUACUCGGUAG